UUUGUUUUUGAUAUGUAUUCCUUGGAAUUUUGUUCACCUAAUUCACCCAUUUGAGGUUAAAGUAUGUUUGCUGCCUCUCUCUGUAAUCUUAGAGGAUUCAUUUAGAUAUUGAUUGCAACAAUGAAAUUCUUGAACUUCUUUUACUAAGAGAUACCUUGUCAUCACUUCAGCUUGUUGUUGAAGUCAUAGAUGAAGUUCAGUAAAAUGAAUAAAGGUUAGGAAGUAUAUUUUCUAAUGCAUUGCCUAAUCAUCAAAUGAAUAAAAAAUAAAGCAGUAGAUAAUCCUUUGUUUCAGAAAUUGACUUCUUACUUUUAAUUUUUAGUUUUAAUUUUAUUCAUUAUAAGCCUUGAAAUCUGUUGAAGAUCCUGUUAAAGACAGCAGUUGAGAGUAGCCUUCGGUUUUACUGAGAGAAGAAGAAGUUAGACUCUUUCCAUAGAAAAAAAACUAGAAGAGACUGCCAUACUUGGGGAGGUAGAAUAGCCUAACUAGAGUCUAAGAUUUAACAACCUAAUUUGAUACUGUCACUGUUGAUUCCUGGUCCAAAAAGUCUUGGAAACAAAAUUGAUAUCUACAUGCAGCCACUCAUUGAAGAGUUACAACAACUAUGGGAUGCUGGGAUUGAAACUUUUGAUGCUUCUAAAGGGGAGAGAUUCCAGUUGAGAGCUGCAUUAUUGUGGACCAUCAAUGACUCUCCAACUCGAGCAAUGCUGUUCGGGUGGAGUACUAGGGGGGAAAAGGCUUGUCCAUGCUGUGGUUAUGACACAGAAUCUAUGUGGUUAUAUCAUGACACAGAAUCUAUGUGGUUAUAUCACAAUAGGAAAUAUUGUUAUAUGGGCCAUCGGAGAUGGUUAGAUCGAAGGCACGGUUAUCGACAUGAUAAAAAAACUUUUGAUGGAAAUAAGGAGCUUCGAAUGCCACCUGGUCGAAUAUCCGGAUCAGAAAUUUUGAGUCAUGCAGAUGAUGUGAAUAUAAUGGAAGGGGAGUCAAGUCAGCCUUUGAAAAAGAUUAGUAUUUUCUUCACUCUUCCUUAUUGGCAGCACAAUCUACUUCCUCACAAUAUUGAUAUGAUGCACACUGAGAAAAAUGUUUUCGAUAACACUUAUGGAACAAUAACUGACCAAGAUGGAAAAACAAAAGACAAUUACAAAGCACGUUGUGACCUCCAGGAUAUGGGGUUGAGGGCUGAUCUACAUCCAAAACCAAGAUCAAGCAAUAACUCUAAGUUGCUGCCCAAAGCUUGUUAUCAAAUGAUUGCAAAGGAGAAGGAUGCAUUUUUUAAGGUCUCAAAGGACAUUAAAUUGCCAGAUGAAUACUCAUGUAAUAUCUCUUGUUGUGUUCAAGUUAAACAACGGAAGAUAAUAGGACUUAAAAGUUAUGAUUGCCGUAUUCUUAUGGAAGAACUUUUACCAGUGGCAAUUCGAGGAUCUUUGCCGAAAAGAGUUGCUUCAAUUAUUAUUGAGUUGUGUCACCUUUUCAAAUGCUUGUGUACAAAGGUUCUCAAAAAAUCUGAUGUUGAUGAGUUAAAGUCUCAAUCUGCAAUAAUUUUGUGUGAAAUGGAAAAGAUCUUCCCACCUUCAUUCUUUACUGUGAUGGUGCAUCUUAUCAUGCAUUUGGCAGAAGAGGUAAAGCUUGGUGGGCCAGUUGCUUAUAGGUGGAUGUGCCCCAUUGAACGGUUUCUCCUUACACUUAAGAAUUAUGUUUCUAAUAAAGCUCAUCCAGAGGGAUCAAUUGCAGAAGCUUAUUUGUCAAAUGAGUGUUUAACAUUCUGCUCAAGAUAUUUGGAAGGGGUUGAGACAAGAUUUAAUAGACCUUUACGUAAUGAUGAUGAAGAUGAUAGGGAGCAUUCUAAUGAGGUUACAAGAAUGGAACAACAAGGUUAUGUUUUUUCUGAAAAAGUUAAGUGGCUUUCAAAAGGACCAAGUGAUGUUGCUUUGACGUAUUCUGGAUAUUUGUGUGAUUGGGCGGACACCCAAAGAGGAUGCAAGAAAGAUGAAUUUGGUUUUACGUUGGUGAAUUUCAAUCGUUUAUCUCACACUGGUAAUAAUCCUAGUGAUGACCCCUACAUAUUUGCCUCUCAAGCUAGUAAAGUGUUUUACAUUGAGGAUGCAAGAGAAAAAGAUUGGCAAGUAGUCAAGCAUGUAAAGGUUAGAGGUGCUUUUGAUUUGGGAGAAGUGAUACCUAUUAGAGAAGAUGAAGUUGGUGGAACAGACAUGGCAUCCACUUGGGUUAGGAGAGAUACCGAGGAAGAGGGGAUUAUUGUGACAUCAGAUAUGGAACCAAGCCAACAACCUGCUCCAUCUGGAAAUAAUGUGGGUGAGUCAAACCAUCAACAUGCUGUCCUAGAAGAAACAAAUUCUAGAGCACCAUCUCCACCACCUAGAAAGCCAAGAGGUCCAACAUUGUUGUCCCACAUAUGGGAGUUGGAUAAAGGUGCCAAGGUCAACGUCAUGUUUGAUGCAAACUGCCACCCAAUUGGUAAAGAAGGCUGCACCUUGACUCGAUUCAUUGGUACUAUUGCAAGAAAAUCAGAUGUUGCACCUAUUAACUACAAGGAUUGGAGGGAUAUGCCUCAAAUUUAUAAGGAUGACAUGUGGAAGAUUAUUGAGGAACAAUUUGAAGUGCUUGUUGAAUAUUGGCGUAGUGAGAAAGGAGAGAAAAUUAGCAAACAGAAUAAAGAAAACAGGCUAAAACUGGAAGAGCCCCAUUGCCUAGGCACCAAGACUUUUGCACGAUUUGUCAAUGAGAAGGAAAGCUCUGCUGAAGGGAGAAAGCUGUCAAGGGCUAAACUCUACAUUCAAAGUCGAACAAAAAAGGAAGGGGGACCUGAACAACUUAAAAACUACAUGAGUGAGUCUACUUCUUCUGCAAAUGCAUUAGAGGAAAGUACAUAUUGGAAAGAUGAUGUACUCUCUAAGGUGAAGGGAUCUGACAAGAAAGGAAGGGUUCGCUGCUUAGGGAAGGUCCCAACUUCUAAAAAAUCUGUCCCUUCCACGUCUGCAAAUGGCAAUGUUGAGGAAAGGUUGAGCGAGGUGGAGAAUAUGUUGAGUGGAUUAAUGCAGCUAGUGAAGGCAAGAUUCCCGGACGAGAAUAUCACAGAUAUUCUACAGGCUGCCAACCAAUUAGGUGCUGCCAACAGAUUGGAUAGGGAGGUUCCGGAUGCUAAUAGUGGGCAAGGCUUUUCCCCAAAUAAUCGUUCCUCUUCACAAUCAAGCCAUCACCUUUUGUUUCGGCAAAAUGAAAGUAAUGAAGAAAAUGAUGGGCAAAGGGAUUGAAAGGCAUGUUUGUGUCUCCCUGCUUGACAGUUUAAAGAAUAAUGACUUUCUAGUUUGAUAGAUGCAUUUUCUUUUAGAUAAUUUUACAACUUUCGAUAUGAGACACAAGCUAUUUUUUCAAAGUUGGGAAUUGUAUGAAAUCUUCAAUGCUUUCAGCUUUAAUUAUGUUCUGAAUCAAAUCAUGGGUUACGGCAAUGUUUUGUUGCAACUUUGUCUUGUUCAAAAGAGGGCAAUUUGAGUUCUGAUUUGUUUGUAUGUGUUAAAGAAUGUGUUUUCUUGUGAACGUGUGUUGGUUUAUGGUCUUCUAAUUUGUUCUAAGUGAAUGUGUGAUAUGGAUGGUUCAUUCCUAAAUUCUUACCCAGAGAAUUAUGAUAUGAAUGUUUGUCCUGUAUAUUCAAUGUAUUUCAUACAUGUAUAUACCCCAUUAGUCUGGUUUUUUGACAAGUCUCUGACUUUGUUUUAUAAUGUAGUCUAGUUGGUUGAUGAAUGUAUGAAAGUUUAGAUGUGAGUUCUGGGGUGCUGUGCUUCUUGUUUGGCUCAUAAAGGCUUCCGCUUGUCACUCAAUCAUUAUCAUACUAAUUGCAAUCUUUGGUUUACUAUUUAGGAGGUUGUGUGAUAUAUUUAUUCUUUGAAAUUUUGCAUUUUUUUUCUUGUUAAGUUUCUGACAAUCUUUCCCCGAGACAUGAAGCACCUUUCUAUACAUUUCUUGAACCUGUAUGUAGUUUUAUCAACUUCAAAUGGAUUUGGUGUUGGAGUUUAUGUUUGAUUUUGAGGGCUAGCUGUUAGGGUUCAACUAUGUUUUCUUUUUUUUUUUUUAGUUUUUAUUUUUGGUUUGCACUUUCCCAUUUUGUAAUAAGAAAUGCAUUUCCUUUCC